AAGAUGAACAGUAUCCUGCCUUGGUCUUACUUCAGUGAGAUUGGAAACUCUUCAAUAAGACAGCCAGCUCUGUGGAUCUGAGGACAACCAGGACAAGCUGUUGAAACUAACUCAAGGAAUGUAUGCGAAUGGGGCACAGUCCACAAAAGAAUUCAAAGAGAACUUUGUGCAGAGACAAACUGGACAAGGAAAUUGGCAUGAAAUGUACAAGCAAGGAAAAGAACUCCAUCUCAGUUCAAUAACUAGCAUUUCUAACCAAAAUGAAUAAACUUGAGCCCUGCAGAAUAUCUCAACUUGUUUAGCAGUUGCUGCUAUCACUAAGUCUUUGCCCUCAAGUCCUCGGAGCAGACGGGGAUGGCUCUGCACAGCCUCGCUCUCUGGGUCUGCCUCGCAUCGCUGAUGAAUGCUGUUGGUGUUUCUGGUGACUGCUGGCUCAUCGAAGGAGAGAAAGGAUUUGUUUGGCUGGCAAUCUGCAGUCAAAACCAGCCCCCUUACGAAUCCAUCCCUCAGCACAUCAACAGCACCAUCGUGGACCUCCGUCUGAACGAGAACAAGAUCAGAAGUGUCCAAUAUUCAUCGCUCAACAGGUUCGGCAACCUGACAGAACUCAACCUGACCAAGAAUGAGAUCUCCUACAUCGAGGACGGAGCCUUUUCCGCCCAGUACAACCUGCGCGUUUUGCAGUUGGGCUUCAACAAGCUUCGGAACAUCACCGAGGGCAUCCUGCAUGGACUGGGCAGGCUGGAGUACCUCUACCUCCAGGCCAAUCUCAUCGAGGUGGUGAGUCCAAACUCCUUCUGGGAGUGUCCCAACGUGAUGAACAUCGACCUGUCCAUGAACAGGCUGCAGUCGCUGGAAAGCACCACCUUCCUAGGCCUCGGCAAACUCUCCACCUGCGAGCUCUACGGAAACCCCUUCUACUGCUCCUGCCAGCUCCUGGGCUUCCUCAAGUGGCUGGUGCAGUUCAACAACGCCACCAGGAACUACGACCGGAUGCAGUGCGAGUCCCCGUCCCUCUACGCGGGCCAAGCUUUGCUGAGCCAGAGCCAGACUCGGAGCGCCUACAGUUUGCUGGUCUCGUCCUGCGGUGACAUCUACACCCUGGACCCCAAGCAUUUGCCCACACGAGCUCCCCCCAGCACAGCUCCCUCAGAUAGCCCCUGUGGGGGCGAGGACUGCUCCUCGGGAGAUGAUGCCACUCCAAUGAUAGCCUUCCAUUCCCCCACCCAUGAAGCUCAGGCUCCGGUGAUCAAGGUGGAGAAGGUCACCUAUACGACCGCCACCUUGUUGGUCCAGAUACCCCGGCCCUUCAGUAAGAUGUACAUCCUGGUGCAGUACAACAACAGCUUCUACGCUGACAUAAAGAAGCUGCAAACGGAUCAAGAGGUGAUUAGGCUGGAUCGGCUGCAGCCCCACACGGCCUACACCUACUGUGUGGCAUCCAUCCGCAAUGCCUUAAGGUAUAAUCAGACAUGCAUCACCUUCUCCACAGGGAUCGAGCGGGCGAGGGGCACUGUGCCCCCACCGUCCACCGCCACCCACUACAUCAUGACCAUCCUUGGCUGCCUCUUCGGCAUGGUCAUAGUGCUGGGCUUUGUGUACUACUGCCUGCGCAAGAAGAGGCAGCAGGAGGAGAGGCACAAGAAGGCCAGCGGGAUGACCAAGGCCAUCAUCGAGCUGAAGUACGGGGCGGAGAUGGAGGCCAGCGCCAUCUCCCAGCUGGCCCACAAGGGCCCCCCGCCCUGCGAGGCCACACCCAGGUCGCCAUUCCUGCCGUCGCCGGGGGGGCCCGAGCACCACAAGCCGCAGGAGCUGAGCGAGACGCCCAAGGCCACCAAGGGGAACUACAUCGAGGUGAGGACGGGGGAGCACACCGGCCUGCGGGAUCCCGAGGGAGGAGGAGGAGGAGGAGGAGGAGGAGGAGGCCAGGGGCGGAGUUCGGUCGCCGAGAUCUCAACCAUCACCAAGGAGGUGGACAAGGUGAACCAGAUCAUCAACAACUGCAUCGACGCCCUGAAGUCAGAGACCAGCUCCUUCCAAGGCGGCAAAUCCGGGGGUGCCGUCUCAAUGGAGCCUCAGGUGCUGAUGAUCACCGAGCAGGCCCAAGGCAAGCCAGCCCUCCUGUCUCCUCUCUCUCAAGAGAGCUACCACCCUCUGCAGAGGCACAGCAGCGUGGAGGCCGCGCCCAAACGUCCCAGUACCUCGUCCAGCGGCUCCGCACGGAGCCCCAGAUCCUUCCGCUCGGAGGGCUCGGCGCCGGCCCACGCCUGCAGGUCCGAAGCCCAGUACAUCGAGAAGACGUCUCCAGUCGCGGCCGACAGCCCCGGGGCAGUCCCGCGGGCGCAUCAACGCAGCGAGCACCGGCACACGUACCCGAGCCGGCGGCAGGGCGAGCAGUCGGCCGCGGAGGGGCCCAGCGGCCACAGCAAGUCCUUCAUCCUGGAGCCGCUGAGCCGAGGCCGCAGGGACGUGGCGUACUCGCAGCUGUCGCCCCAGUACCACAACCUCAGCUACUCCUCCAGCCCCGAGUACACCAGCAAGCCGACUCCGGGCAUCUGGGAGCGCUUCAAACUGCACAAGAAGAGGCACAAAGAGACGCAGGAAGAGUACGUCGCCGCGGGCCAUGCCCUGAGGAGGAAGGUGCAGUUUGCCAAGAAUGAAGACUUGCACGACAUCCUCGACUACUGGAAGGGUGUCUCCAACCAGCACAAGUCCUGAGUCUUUGACGCAUUCAGACUAACAUUGGACCAAAAGACCCAAAAACUUUAUAGCUGCUGUUUUUAACCUGAUCAGUUCACCUGUUCAUAAGAACUUUAGCCUCUAUCACAUGUCUGUGCACCAAAAUCUUCCAAACUGAACUCUAUAACCUGUACAAAGGAUUUCAUUUUUUAUCGCGCACAUAUAAUAUAUAAAUAUAUAUACACCCAGAAGCCUUGGAAUAUCAGAUAUAAUUUAUCGCAUGACUCUCUCCUGUAACUGUGACUCACUGUGGUGUACAUGGGGCAUUGUUCGUUGUACAGUGCACACUGUGACUGGACUGUACUAUGUAAUUGUAGCUCACACACUGCUCACACCCUGCGUUAUACAGUAAUAUUUACCAGUUAAACCCCUCCUUCCCUGGAGUUCUGUACAGAUAAAUUUCUAUAUUUGCAAUGAUGUUUCUGGGUUUUUUUCACCUGUUUGUACCAGGUUUUAACCGUGGGUUUUACAGAACAGUUUGUUUGAUUUCCGAUGAAUGUCUGAGCACUGACCGCAAGCAUUGGAUAAAACUGGACUGACAAAAAUGAGAUGAACUGAAUGGUUUCUUCUGUCGCAUUAUCACUGGUCCAAGCCACUGGCUCUCUCAGUGAGAGGAUAUUGUCAGUGAGGUAAAGAGUGCUUUGAUAGGGCUGAACUGUGGACUUUCACAGCCUCAUAAUGUUUCAGUGUCAAUGUGCUCCAGCACAUUGUAAAUUGAGUGCCAUACAUAGCACUAGUCUCAUUGUUAUAGAAAAGGACACAGGGGCAGUGGAAAUGGUGCAAAGAAGGAAUCAAAAGGGCGAUACCAGAAAUGAAAGCAAAAUACUAGUUAGAAAAGAUAGAACUGAUUGAACGAGGAAGUGGCAAUCCAAAGAAGGUACUCGAUGGGGCAUGUGUAGAGUUACUGAAAAUUGUAAGUCAUAAAUAUGGUAGUAAGUCCAAAAAGGGAGUUCAAGGGACAUUUGUUUCUUCUGGUGCUGAGGUGGGGACUCCAGAACUAGUGGUCAUAAAUACAAUAGUUAUGAAUAAAUCCAAUGGAGAAUUCAGUAGGUACCGGCAUUCGAAGGGUGUGAUUAAAAUUUGGAACACACACAACCCUAUAGAGGAGUUAAAAUUAAUAGCACUGAUGCAUUCAAGGGGAAGUUAGAUAAGUCUGCAAGGGAGAAGGCAGUGGAAGAUGAACCAUCACGUGGAAAGAUAAAAGGCUGAAAGGAAACAUGGAGCAAAAACAUAAUGGAUCAGUUGGGAUAAAUGGCAUAUUUCCAACAUGUUAAUACUUUGUAAUCAUUUGCAAUAAAUUGCCCCAUUUUCCUUUCCAAUUGAAUUUUACCUUUCUGUCUGUCUAAAGAUAAUUUUACCCGCAUGCUCCUCCCAUAUCGCUCAACAUCCCUUUACUCUGAGGCCACUCUGAUAUUUAAGGUGCUGUUACUAGGUGCUAUAUUGAAUAUUCACAUUCACUAUUAAGGUGCUGUCACCAGCAAAUCCCAAGAUAAUAAAGAUAAAAUCAGGAUUUGCAGUUCAAUAUUGCCUUUCGCAGCCUCGAUGUUUCAUUGUCAGUCGCACUGAACUAGUCACUGUUGCAAUGUAGAAAGCAUGACAGCCAAUGUUGGGGGCAUAUGAAGAUCCCAAGAAGUAGCAGUCAAGUAAUGGCCAGAUGGAAGCGUGGGGCCAAGUAACAGAAAGACAUAGGAUACUAAAUAUGUUUUGACCUGAUGGAUUUUGAGAAGCUUCGUCUUGUGGAAGAAUUAAAAACAAACGAGUCAUUGU